AUGACUUCCCGAAUGGACUUUACAGACCGGGCCCAAAAGGCGGUUGAAGAUGCUAUGAACCUGGCUGAGCAGUAUGGACAUUCACAGCUUGUUCCAGUCCAUCUUGCAGUCGCACUUUUGGAACCCCCGAUCGACCUCUCCAAGGACCAGCAAAAUGGCCCUCAAAAUACCACAGUCACACUCUUCCGACAAGUCAUCGAGAGGGCUCAUGGUGACCCUCAACUCUUCGACCGCGCUUUGAAGAAGACAUUAGUCCGACUUCCGAGCCAAGAUCCCCCGCCAGAGCAAGUCUCUUUAGCGCCUUCCUUUCAUGCUGUCUUAAGGAAAGCCAUGGAAUUGCAGAAGGUCCAAAAGGACUCGUACAUUGGCGUGGAUCAUUUGAUCAAUGCUCUGGCCGAUGACACCUCAAUGCAGGCACCAUUGAAAGAAGCCAGCAUCCCAAAACCCAAAUUGGUUCAAGACGCCGUCCAAGCCAUCCGAGGCACAAAACGAGUUGACAGCAAGACCGCCGACACUGAACAAGAGAAUGAGAAUUUGGCAAAAUUCACCAUCGACAUGACUGCCAUGGCUAGGGACAAGAAAAUCGACCCCGUCAUUGGCCGUGAAGAAGAGAUUCGUCGCGUCAUCAGAAUUUUGUCCAGACGCACAAAGAACAAUCCGGUGCUCAUCGGAGAACCUGGUGUUGGCAAGACUACCGUUGUGGAAGGUCUAGCUCAGCGUAUUGUCAACCGAGAUGUUCCUGACAACCUGAAACACUGCAAGUUGUUGUCUCUCGAUGUUGGUGCGCUUGUUGCCGGCAGCAAGUUCCGUGGUGAAUUCGAAGAACGAAUGAAGGGAGUCUUGAAGGAGAUUGAAGACUCCAAGGAGAUGAUUGUACUUUUUGUUGAUGAAAUCCACUUGCUCAUGGGAGCUGGCUCUUCCGGUGAAGGUGGUAUGGACGCCGCCAACUUGCUGAAGCCAAUGCUUGCAAGAGGACAACUUCAUUGCAUUGGUGCCACGACUCUGGCCGAAUAUCGCAAAUACGUCGAGAAGGACGCUGCCUUUGAACGACGAUUCCAACAAGUCAUUGUCAAGGAACCCUCCAUUACGGAGACAGUUUCCAUCUUGCGAGGUUUGAAGGAAAGAUAUGACAGACACCAUCGCGUCACUAUUCUUGAUAGCGCUCUGGUUGCCGCUGCCAACCUCGCGGCCCGAUACCUUACUUCCCGGCGGAUGCCAGACUCCGCCAUCGACCUUGUCGACGAGGCCGCCGCAGCUGUUCGCGUGGCUCGCGAGUCCCAGCCCGAGGUUAUCGACUCCCUUGAGCGCAAGCUCAGGCAGUUGAUGAUUGAAAUCGCUGCCUUGGAAAAGGAAAAGGACGAAGCAUCUCAAGUUCGUCUUCAACAGGCCAAGAAGGAUGCCAAGAAUGUUGAAGAGGAGCUCGAGCCCCUCCGAAUGAAAUACAAGAACGAAAUCAAGCGAGGCGAGGAGAUCCACCAAGCCAAGGUCAAGCUCGAUGAGCUGGAGAAACGUUUGGAGGAUGCUACAAAUAUGGGAGAUAUGGCAAAGGCUGCUGAUCUUCAGUAUGGAGCCAUUCCUGAUCUGCAAAUGGUCAUCAAGGAGCUUGAAGUGCGCAAGGCUGCCGCCGAUGCCGCCCUCAAUGCCGAAGAUGGUGACCCUGGAACAUCCAUGGUCACGGACAUUGUCACUGCCGACCAUAUCAACGAGAUUGUGGCACGCUGGACCGGCAUCCCUGUUACUCGCCUUCGCACUUCUGAGAAGGAGAAGCUCAUCAACAUGGAGAAGGUGCUCGGAAAGGUCGUUGUUGGUCAAAGGGAGGCAGUCCAAUCCGUUGCCAACGCUAUUCGUUUGCAGCGAUCUGGACUUGCCAACCCGAACCAACCUCCCAGCUUCCUGUUCUGUGGUCCGUCUGGUACUGGUAAAACACUUCUCACCAAGGCCCUUGCCGAGUUUCUCUUUGACGAUCCCAAAUCAAUGAUUCGAUUUGACAUGUCAGAGUACCAAGAGCGACAUGCACUCAGCCGUAUGAUUGGUGCUCCCCCCGGAUAUGUCGGUCAUGACUCUGGUGGUCAACUUACAGAAGCUUUACGAAGAAAGCCCUUCUCCAUCCUUCUCUUUGACGAAGUUGAGAAAGCUGCCAAAGAGAUUCUUACUGUGCUUCUUCAACUCAUGGAUGACGGAAGAAUCACUGAUGGUCAAGGCAGAGUUGUUGACGCCAAGAACUGCAUUGUGGUCAUGACUUCGAACCUGGGCGCCGAGUAUCUCACUCGCCCAGGCACCAAAGAAGGCAGGGUUGACACACCAACCCGCGAACUGGUCAUGAGCGCACUGCGCAACUACUUCCUGCCAGAGUUCUUGAACAGAAUCAACUCAGUCGUCAUUUUCAACAGACUUACACGCAAGGAGAUUCGCAAGAUUGUCGAUCUCCGCAUCGGCGAAAUACAGAAGCGUCUGGAGGAUAAUGGGCGCAAGGUCAGGAUUGACGUCUCAGACGAAGCCAAGGAUCACCUCGGCAACGCUGGCUACUCACCUGCCUAUGGCGCUCGUCCUCUUGCUCGCCUCAUCGAGAAGGAAGUUUUGAACAAGCUGGCCAUUCUCAUUCUCCGCAACAACAUUCGCGACGGUGAAAUUGCAAGGGUGGAGCUAGUUGACGACAAGAUCACCGUUUUGUCGAAUCAUCCCGAUAGCGAGAUGACCGACGACGAUGAUAUGUUGGAUGAUGAGGACGACGCCGUUGACGAGCUGGUUGGCGAUGACAUGGAUGAGGAUAUUUACGAUUAA